UCCAACAAUAUAAAAUUAUGGCUUUUAGUUCAUAUAAGGUUACGAGUCACAAUUUUCCAAGACUUCACGAAAAGCCGGACUUGCUAACUCUCAUAAAGGAAUUCACAGACAGAGUAAACUUGCAAGAAUCACACGAAGAAGGACUCGAAAAGUCUCCUUUUAUCUCCUUCGCUGAAACGGGAGAUCUCUCCGAGUUAAAAGAGAAAGAUAAACCUUGUCUCGAAGAUGACGGGUCUACAGGUGACACACCAGGGACUGAAAGGGAGGAUGUAAACUUUUUAUCCGAGUAUGGUUUCAUCACCAGCUUGGCAUAUACUCCAGAUGGAGAAUUCGUUGUGGUUGGCCAUUCCACGGGACUUGUACAGUUACGUCACGGCGGCACAGGCGUGGUGCUGUCAACUCUCCGCAACAUCCAGUUCCCGCCAAAACCGGUGUACGCGCUGCAGUUCAGCCCUCAUGAGCCCAGGGUCUGCUACGCCGCCUGCACGGAUAGCGUCGUGUACAGGAUUGAAGUGCCCAAUAUUGAGGCCUCAGUAGAUGAUCCUCCGGAGCACUGCAUCAGAUCAGACCCGGCGGUGGAGACCCUUAGCCGGCAGUUCUACGGCAGCCCCGCCACUGCCACUGCCGCUUCGCCUUUCGUGAACCACAGGUCGGCGGCGCUGUCGCUCGGAGUUCUCGCUGAGGGGACCAAACUCGUUGUUGGCUACGCUGACGCCUCUCUAAAGAUCUUUGACGUGGAAACUCAGGAGGUAGAAACAACGUACAAAGUCCACAAGCUGCGCGUACAAUACAUCCCGCGCAAGCUGCAGCGCAUGCAUGUGGGACAAGUGUGUGCGGUCAGCGCGCAUCCUGAGAGAGAGCACACCUUCGCCAGUGCUGCCUGGGAUAAUACGUUACGGAUUUGGGACGCGCGUGUGAAAAUCGGGUGUAUGAUGACGUUCGAGGGAGUCAACGUGUGUGGUGACAGCAUCGAUCUCCAUAGAGACUACUGCCUCGUAGGCAGCUGGCAGCCGACCGAAGCCCUGACCGUCUGGGACCUCGCUGCCAAGAAGCGGCUGAACAUCAUCAGGGUUCAGAACAGAAGGCCCGAUGUGGACGGGGAAUAUAUUUAUGCUUGCCGCUAUUGGAGGUCCUAUGAGUUCAACAGAAAAGGGAAGUACGGUAUAAUCGGCGGGAGCGGCACCAACUGUGUUGAAGUAAUAAACCUUCAUAACCGCUACAUAGCCGCCUCCUAUCCUACACCAAGAUCUGUCUUGGCUAUCGCCAGCCACGGUGACCGUAUCGCCUUCGGAGGAACAGCACCAGUCUUCUCCAUCGUCACCUUCCACGACCCCAAGCAUGAGCCUCACCAUGUAGACCUGGAUGACCCGUGGACGUGGGUGAGAGACAAGAUGUAUGAGGUGGACGAUAUCAUGAUAGAUAUGGAGCCGGUACCGAAUUAUGACUAUCCGAUCAGAGAUGAGAUUGAGUUUUAGUUGAAUGUUGUAUUAAA